CAAAUUUUAUUGACCGGAGCGUUUUGAUUGCGGGUGGACCGCUUUUUGUGGUGUGCAAGAUUCGUCACGUUGAUAAUAAACAGUGAAUUCGAAAAUGUUUUAUUCGAAGUGUCGUCAGUUUGUACCAAAAGCCAUGGCAGUCAGAAAUAUGGCUACUGUAAAAAGAUUUUAUCGAAGAACGAAUAUUCUCGCUAGUGGCGACAAAUUUGAAAUCACACUGGAUCAAAGGAAACUGAAAACUCCAAAAGGCAAAGUUUUUGAAGUUUCCAGCAAGCCUCUCGCCUUGGCAGUGGCUUUGGAAUGGGAUAGUCAGGAAGAUAUUAUUGACAGGAGUAAUAUGCACUUGACAGCGCUUUGCAGCACCUAUUUGGACAAUCCGCAUCAACAUACCCGAAUAGACAUAGCCAAUUACAUAGCCAAUUAUCUGGAAACCGACACGGUGCUCUUCCAUUCCAGUGAAACGGAUGAGCUCUUCAAUGUUCAAGCCCAAAAAUGGGACCCUAUAAUACAAUGGUUUUGUGAUCGCUACCAAGUGGAUAUUACCAAAACGCAAAGUAUAAGCCCUCCAGAUGUCCCUAUGGAAACUAAAGCUACAAUAAUAAGGCACAUGGUCUCUUAUAGCGAAGCUGCGCUCCAAGGUUUUUUAUACAGCGUUGACACCCUCAAAUCCGUGAUUUUGACGAUGGCCGUAUGUGAUAGAAAAAUAAGUGUCGAGGAAGCGGUCAGUCUCUCGCGUUUGGAGGAAGAAUUCCAGAUUUCUCACUGGGGUAACGUAGAAUGGUCGCACGACUUAAGCAAACAAGACUUACAAGGACGUUUAGCAGCGGCAACAUUAUUUAUUCAUCUGUCUUCUUACAAUACUACGUCGCAACCAAAGAACGAACGUAUUAACACCGCAUAGAAAAAACUCCCAUGAAUUCUGCUUUCUGGCACAUGUACGGUGUUGAGGAUGAACACGUUACCGCUGGCACAGAACAAUCGGCGCCUUCCCACUCUUUCAUGCAGACACAACUGAAGUACAAAAAAUUUUGCGAAAAAUCGCUGUUAUAAUUAUAAAAUUUCUCCAUCAAGUGGAGUAAAAAUCAACUCGAAUCGUUUUCUUUUUUUCAUACAUCUGAUCAACGAAAUUUUAAAAUAAUUUGU